UUUGUUGCAUAAAAUGCUGUCAUAUCCACACAAAUGUAAUUCAUUCAUAUGAUAUGGCACUCAACCUUGUUUCUCUUGUAUGGCUCUUUACUCUAACUAUUAGUACUAGCACAUUGGCAUUGAAUCGAAGUAGUUUUCCAAUAGACUUCAUCUUUGGAACAUCAACCUCAGCAUAUCAGUAUGAAGGUGGUGCAAAGGAAGGUGGCAAGGGAACAAAUAUAUGGGAUACUUUCACUAAAAAAUAUCCAGAAAAGAUAGCUGACAGAAACACAGGAGAAGUCUCUGUUGAUGGGUAUCAUCUAUACAAGGAAGAUGUUGGAAUCAUGAAGUAUAUGAAUUUAGAUGCAUACAGAUUAUCCAUCUCAUGGUCGAGAAUACUACCAAGUGGAAGAAUAAGUGGAGGUAUAAAUGAGGAAGGGAUCACAUACUACAACAACAUGAUCAACGAGCUAUUAGCUAAUGGUAUAGAAGUAUUUGCAACCAUUUUUCAUUGGGAUCUACCACAAGCUUUGGAAGAUGAAUAUGGUGGUUUCUUAAGUCCUCUCAUUGUAUUUGAUUUUCGGGAUUACGCGGAGCUUUGCUUCAAGGAAUUUGGAGAUCGAGUGAAACAUUGGAUUACUAUAAAUGAACCAUCGACUUACACAACAGCAGGAUAUGUUAUAGGGAUGUUUCCGCCCGGUCGAUGCUCUGAUUGGCUAAAUCUCAACUGCACCGGCGGUGAUUCAGGGACAGAGCCCUAUUUAGUUGCACAUCACCUACUCCUUGCUCAUGCAGCAGCUGUUCAAGUGUACAAGACAAAAUAUCAGGUACCGCUGUUACUUAAAAGCCAAAGUGAAUAUCAAAAGGGUUGGAUAGGAAUAGCCUUACAGUCCUACUGGUUUGAGCCACUUUCAAAUAGCAAAUCCGAUGAAAGAGCUGCAGAACGAUCAAUUGACUUCAUGUUGGGAUGGUUUAUGACACCAUUGACAACAGGAGACUAUCCACAACAUAUGCGAUCCUUGGUUGGACAACAAUUGCCAAAGUUCUCUGAAGAGCAAGCCAGACUACUUAGGGGUUCUUUUGAUUUUAUUGGAUUAAACUACUACACAUCUAGAUAUGCUGCCAAUGUACCUAAUUUAAACAAAACUAUUCCUUGUUAUCUCACAGAUUCUCUUGCCAAUGUGACUGGUAAACACAUUAUUUUGAAUUUGACAAUGGUGUAUCUUAUAUUUUGUGAGAUGGAAGUUGAGCGUAACGGAGUACCCAUAGGUCCAAAGGGUGCUUCAGAUUGGUUUUAUAUUUAUCCAAUGGGAUUUAAGAAACUAUUGGUCUACAUCAAGGAAAAGUACAACAAUCCUUUGAUUUACGUAGCCGAAAAUGGUAUAGAUGAGAAUAAUGAUCCAACACUGUCAUUAGAUGAAGCACUUAAGGAUAUUCACAGAAUUAAAUAUCAUCAUGACCAUCUGUCAUAUCUCCAAUCAGCAAUUAGGAUGGGCGUAAAUGUUAAAGGAUAUUUUGUGUGGUCGUUAUUGGACAAUUUUGAAUGGACUGAAGGCUACACAGUGAGGUUUGGAAUGAACUUUGUAGAUUACAACAAUAACUUGAAAAGAUAUCAAAAGCUCUCAGCACAAUGGUUCAAGAAUUUUCUUGCGAGAGCUUAGACUUUCUAAUAUAUAUGUCUCUCUUUGCUAUGAUAAAUAAUAAUGCAAUGAGAUUCAUAAAAUAAAUAUGUAUCAAGAAGUGACAUAUGAUUUUUCUUUCUCAAAAGAAAUUAUGUGAUUCAUUAUAUUA